GCAGCAGCGCCGGGGAGGGACUUCACACAUGUGGAAAACGAAUAACUGUUGGCUGUGUGUCUCUCUCUGCUCGGAGGGCCUCUGGGACAGCACAAAUCUGCGUUUGCUGGAAGACACCUGCACCCCCCCUUUGAUUUAUUAUUUCUCAGAGUUAAGCCUCGAGUAUUAAAGUUGUAGCGUGCUGUUGGUUUCGCUGGAGUUGUAAUCAUGUUAGGCAGCGGGAAGUCAGCGGCCACCAGUCCCAGAGAGCAGAGGAGGAAAGGGGACGAGAAGACCGCGGACCCCAUCAAGAAGCUCGGGCUGCUGGACAAUGAGGACAUCCGUAUAAUGAUGCAGGGCUCCAGCAUGGUGAAAAUUCGCUCUUCGAGGUGGCAGAAGAGCAGAAACCUGCGGCUGCUGGAUGAUGGACUCACCGUGUGGUGUGAAUCCACUAAGAGCUCCCGCAAAGCCAAAGCCCAGCAGACAUUUGCAGUGACAGAAGUUGAGUGUGUGCGUGAGGGCUGCCAGUCCGAGGCGCUGAGGCAGCUGUCUGGGUCUGUGCCAGAGAGCCAGUGCUUCACAGUGGUCUUCAGAGGAGCCAGGAAGAGCCUGGACCUGCUGUGCCACUGUGAGGACGAAGCUCGGCGCUGGGUGCGAGGGCUCCGCACUUUAAAGGAGCACGUGGCAAACAUGAGUCAGAAGCAGAAACUGGACCAUUGGAUCCGGCGCUACCUGAGGCGAGCGGAUCAGAACCAGGACGGCAAGAUGAGCUACGACGAGGUCAAACGACUUCUCCAGAUGAUCAACAUUGACCUGAGUGAGCAGUAUGCCCGCUGUUUAUUCAAGAGGUGUGACCGAUCCGGUGAUGGUCGUCUGGAUCAUAUAGAGAUCGAGGAGUUCUGUAGGGAGCUGCUGCGACGGCCCGAGCUGGACGCCGUGUUCAGACAUUAUUCAAGUAAUGGUUGUGUGCUCGCCACUGCUGAGCUGCGAGACUUCCUGGGAGACCAAGGAGAGGACGCCUCACUGAAUCAUGCUCAGAGUCUCAUCCUCACCUAUGAGCUCAAUGACUGGGCUCAAAGGAACCUGUUCAUGACCCAGAAUGGUUUCACCAUGUACAUGCUGUCCCUGGAGAAUGAUGUGGUUAACCCUGACCACGCCAGAGUCUACCAGGACAUGAGCCGACCUUUGGCCCACUUCUUCAUCUCCUCGUCGCACAACACUUACCUCACCAAGGACCAAGUCACCAGCGCCAGCAGCACUGAGCCAUACAUCAGGGCUCUGAAUCAGGGCUGUCGCUGUGUGGAGCUAGACUGCUGGGAUGGAGAUAAAGGUGAACCUGUCAUCUACCACGGGCACACUCUCACCUCCAAAGUGCCUUUCAAGGAAGUCAUUGAAACCAUCGCCCAGUAUGCCUUCAAGGCAUCCCCUUACCCUCUAAUCCUGUCCCUGGAGAACCACUGUUCUGUGGAGCAGCAGGCAGUCAUGGCCAAACACCUCCGCACCAUCCUGGGCAGCAAACUGCUCACCAAGCCUCUCAGCGCCCAGCAGCAGAAGGAUCUCCCUUCUCCUGAGGAGCUGCGGGGGCGUAUUCUGGUAAAAGGGAAGAAGCAGAUUCCUCACCUGGGCCAGCUGGGCAAGAAUGGCAGCUGUGCCAGUUUCUCCUCAAGCUCUGAAGAUGAACUCGCAGGCAGCAAUAAGAACACACCCAAGAAGGAUCCUGCAAAGGUCUGUCCUAAACUGAGCCCAGAGCUAUCAGAGCUGGUUGUGUACUGCAAAAGUGUCCCCUUCCGUGGGUUUGAAAAUGCAUCCGAAAAACCCUCAAAUGAAAUGUCCUCCUUCUCUGAAAACGAAGCCCUCAGGCUCAUCAAAGACUCGGGGAAGCUUUUCGUGAGACACAACAGCAGGCAGCUGAGCCGGAUCUACCCCUCUGGCCAGCGCCUCCAAUCAUCCAACUAUGAUCCUCAGGAAAUGUGGAACGGCGGCUGCCAGAUGGUGGCUCUGAACUUCCAGACACCUGGGGAGCAGAUGGACCUGAACCAGGGUCGCUUCCUUCCCAAUGGUCGCUGUGGAUACAUUCUUAAACCUGACUUCCUAUGCAGCCCCACGUCCAACUUUAACCCAGAGAACACGGGAGGAGGCCCAGGUCACAUCCCCACCCAGUUAACAAUACGGAUAAUAUCUGCACAGCAGCUGCCAAAAAUCAAAACAGAGAAGGCCAGCUCCAUUGUGGACCCGCAGGUGGUGGUGGAGAUUCAUGGGGUGGCUAUUGAUAAUGCAAGACAAAAAACUCACCGCAUUGACAACAACGGAUUCAACCCGCGAUGGGACUGCACUCUGAGUUUCCAGCUGCAGGUCCCUGAACUGGCCUUGGUGCGGUUUGUUGUGGAGGACCAUGACCACACUGCCAAAAAUGACUUUGUGGGGCAGUUCACGUUACCUUUCACAAGCAUACGGACAGGUUAUCGGCAUGUUCAUUUAUUGAAGGCAGAUGGUUCCAGUCUGUCCCCCAGCACACUCUUCAUACAUGUCAAAGUGGCCCGCAGAGGAGUUCCCAUCAAAACUGUGUCCGAGCGAAUGGCCAUCGCCAAAGGCAAGGCAUGACGGGCAUCUGAACUAGAUGGAGAGCUGCAUUUUUUAACAAAGGGCUGUGGAAAGGGAGCUCUGAAUGUGAGCAGAGAGAGACUGCUGCUGCUGCCAGCCAGUCUCACAGUCCAGACCUCAAGUGGUCCAAUUUACACUGAACCACUUCCCAAAGCAGGAGGAAAGAUGUCGUUUAUCAGAAAUGAAGAUCCUGGCUUUUAGCAAAUGAAUUGCCUCAGGCCAGAUAAUGAAUCCAUGACACACUGUGGGAGUAUCUGGUCUUGUCAGUGCUGAGUGCUCUGGAAACAGGGCACUCGGGACUGCAAUCACAAAAUACACCGAUAUGGGAUUUGUUACCAAAUUCAUUUCAAUGUUGUUAACUCUCACGUGUGGACGGUAAUUGACUGAGUCAAGAUGAGUCAUUUCAUCCUUUUGUAUUUUUGAUUUUAGAAAUAUUUUUAAAAUUUACCAUUUAACUUAAAGUCCGAAGAUACUUUAACAAACAAAAGCAGUAAUUACUUAACUAUGGCUGUCUUAUAAGUGCUUUAGGUAGGAAUCCAAGUAUGUAAUUAAAAAAUGAUUAACAUUAUUGUUUUAUAUAUGAUUGUUUCAGCACUAAUCGUGAUGUAACUCAGAUGUAUUGUUUUACAGAUUGUCCAGGAAGGUUGAAAAUAUAAUGAAAGCCUUUAUUCAGUUAGUCUUACUUGAUACUACCGAUACUUGGCACUUUUAAUUUCUCUCGGGAGAUGACAUAUUUCCACAACUUACAAAUGAACUUGAAAUAUAAACAGUAUUAACUUGCCAAUAGAUAGAUAUACCUGUGCUCUUAAAAUUUCAAUUUAUUGUAUUUCAAUUUAGCAUUUUUUUUAUGUUUUUAUGUCUUUGACAUGUAAUGAUAUUUGCUUGAAUGCUCUCUUUUGUAUGAAUAUUUUUGUUGCCAAUUAUUGUCCUUAACAUUCAGAUCUAGAAAACUGUGGUUAAACACAACCACCAAUUACUGCAGGCUACAGUGAAUCAUUUAAUACCCUUAAGGGAGCUUUCCUGAUAGUAAAAUGGUGCAAUAAUGAAAGGUGCUGCAUGUGGAAUUCUGUAAUUACAGUAUAUGUGAUGUGGAUGGGUUCAACAGCAUGUAACAGAUAGUGAAGAAUGACUUUGCAGUGUUAGAGCCUCUGUUGUAUGAAUGGCAGCUGGUAUUAUGUGUGCAAGAGAAAAUUUUCAUAAAAGCACUAAUAACA